CCGAUCUGUGCCGUUGUAGACAGAAGGGCAGCAGGUCCGUCACCGUACGAAUGACUGCCGCCUCACUUGCAACCGCUGCCCCAUUCGGACGAGGGGGAGGCGGAGGUGGACGUGUCGAUGACAGUUCCGCUGGGUAGCGGGUCUACCCAGGAGUGGACGGGUAGCCAGUUGUAUGAUCGCCGCAGGACGAAGUACGGGCAGUCGUUCACUUCCCUCCUUCACGACGGCGCGGAGGAGGAGGAUUGCCUCCCCCCUGUCGAUCUCACAUUUGGCCUCUGGAGCGGGAGCCCGUCUUCUAUCACGCGCACUGCGCUCGUGAACCCUCAUCCCGACGACGACGCGGGGCAGGUCACAUUCGGCGGCAGGCACACGAGGGGCGGAGCGGUGGCAAAGGUGACGUCGGGGAAGACGACGGCAUGGCCUCGAACGCAGGCAACUUCUGGCCCGUCAGUUCCACGCACUGUCGGGCAACGUCCUGAGUGGAUGACCCUCAGUCCUCCGUUGUUCGGGGGGCGCGACUGCGUUCGUCGUCCCGUAGAUCAGGCUGUGACUCACGAAGACUUCCCUUCCGAGGGCGCGCAUGGAGAUGGCAGGCGGGUAUGGAAGGAGGCGAGGCAGGAGUUGCGGCGGCAGCAAGAAGAGUCCAUAACGAAAGGUGUGGAGCGUUUAUGCGUGGGCGAGCGGAGUGGGCAAGCAGACGUGGCCGCCGGGGGGGGUGACGCGUGGACAAACGCUGGCGAAGUUCAGUGCGACGUAGACGACGACGACAGUGGCGAUGUGUUCCCGUUGCGUGCGCCGAACAUGGGCGGGAGGGGCAUCAGGGGCAGCACUUCGACUAGAGCGGUGCGCAGGCGGACGAGAUCGACGACGGCCUCUGCAGACGCGGAAGGCGAGGGUGAUGGAGAAGGAGGGCGGAAUUUCUGGUCCGUGGAACACAUGGUGGCCCUAAUCAGGGUGAAGCGGGAUCAGGACGCCCAGCUGCAAGCAUCGGGACACAACUUUGCUCGGAUGCGGACGAGGGAGUGGAAAUGGAUGGACGUCCCGGAGAGGUUGCUGAAGGUCGGUGUCGACAGGCCAGCAAAUAAAUGCGGGAAAAAAUGGGACAAUCUCAUGCAGCAGUUCAAGAAGGUUCACGCUUUCAUGAGCAUGUCGGGGAAGGAGGACUUCUUCCAGUUGACGAGUCAGCAGAGGGCAAAGAAAGGAUUCAACUUCAACAUGGAUCGAGCCGUGUUCGAGGAGAUCAAAGGGGCGAGGGAAAGGAGCCACACUAUCAGCCCGACCAAUGUUGCAGACACUGGCGGGGCAGGGGGUGUGCAACUCCCAUCUGCACAGUCGGCGACUCCGGAAUCUGUGGGUGAUGGGGAAGCCGCCGGUGAUGGAAACGACGAAGACGACAGCUCAGCAUGGGGUGGCUCACAGACGAGUGGUGGCCCGACCGGGUUCGGGAAGAGGAAGAAUGUGCAGCAGCAGACAUUUGAGGCAUUGCCGGAGUGCAUGGACAAGCAUGGGGCGUUGCUGGCGUCGACGAUGGAGAGCGCCAGCAAGAGGCAGUGCGAGACGAUGGAGAGCGCGAGCAAGAGGCAAUGCUCCAUCCAAAUUCGGCAGUGCGAAGCUAUCGAAGCGGAGGUGGAGAUCUAGAAACAACAUUGUGCUGCCUCCACUGAAGUUAGCAAGCUUAUGUGCCAGGCGCUGCUGGAAAUAGCGAAGGCUAUAUGAGAA